CCGGGGAGCGCGCGCGUGAGCGCCGGUUUGGCCGCGCCCCUGCCCCCGCCGUGGAGGCCGCCGCCGAGCACUUCCGGGUCAGCCCGCGGUCGGCUGGUGUGUGGUCCCUGACGAGGCUGAGGCUGGCAGCUUGGUCCCUGACUUCCUCUCGUAAGCGAGUUUCCAAGCGCCCGAGAAGAUGCUGCAGACUCAUUUGCAGUUACCUCAGAGGCCCAGGAAACCCAUGAUGUAAUCUUCAGAAAAGAACAGGAGAAAAUGUCUGGAGAGAAAAAGAGCCAAUCCAGGCCUUGCAUGUGGAAACAGCUAGGGAGAUGGGCACUGUGACAGAGAAACUUAUCCCAAAGAUUAUGAUAUAGAGGGUCCUGAAGAAGUGAAAAAACUGUGUAAUUCAACAUAUUGGCGACUUGGAACCAACGAACCCCCAAUUUGGAUAUCAGAAACACAUGAGAAAAUGGCACAAGUUUGUUUAAACACAGAAUUGGCUGAAAUAAAGAGCAAGGCUUUAUUGAAUGAGGAAACGAUGAGCUCUGGAAUUAUUGAAAGGGACACUGGAUUGCCUGCCACAGGUUUUGGAGCUCUCUUUCCUAGACACCCAUCAGAUUGGUGUGCAUUGACAACAUAUGCUGAAGAAUAUGCUCCACCGUAUGAAUAUCAGCCACGUGGUUAUCCUUGUCAAGAUGAUGAUUAUUCAGUUGUCUACAGAAAAUGCCGUUCUCAGUUCACAGAUCUAAAUGGUUCCAAAAGAUUUGGCAUCAACACCUGGCAUGAUGAGAGUGGGACUUAUGCCAAUUCAUAUGUAAAACGAAAACUCUACCCAUUUACCAGUGGCCUUGUUGUUCCCUUUUUAAAAUAAUAUAUGGAAUCAGAUUCUAUAACUAAUGAAAGGUAAUGGAUGUAGCAGUUGAUGAUUUUCUAUCCUAAUAAAUGCAGUGGAAAUAUUACGAUAAUAGAUUCCUUUAACACAAAAUCUUAUAUUCUAGACCAGUGUGUAUAUCUUUCUUUUUAUAAGCUACUCUGGUAUUUUCCAAAGUUUAGUAUGUUUUUCACUGAAGGUAUAUAACCCAAUUCUAGAUGGUACUUGGAGGAAUUUUAUUUUAUGUUACUUUAUUUUGUUUUAUUUUAUUGACUGAAUUUAUUUUAAAUUUUAUUAGGAAAAAAUGCAUAAAGCUAACACAAUCAAGCUCAUGAUUGCUUAGGGUGUGUCUGAUUUAAAAAAAAGAGAUAACUUAAAUUCCACUUUUGAGUGAAUAAAAAUUUAGGUGGUACUCAAAUUCUACAUGAAACUCAACUGGCUUAAGUUUGAGCAACAUGGGCCCUAUAAUAAUGUUGAGUGUGUGUGUGUGUGUGUUUAUUGGGGAGGAGUGUGUCUGUUUCUACACUUUAACAUAUCUGUGGUGGCUAGCUGCUCUGUGGAUUAUCAUUCAGCAUGGUGUUUUUCCUUAUACAAUAUAACACUUUUUAUUGUAUGAAGUAGCAGAGAUGCAGACAGAAUCUUAGUGAAACUUUAGGGGUUUAAUGGAAAAUCCAAUCAUCUAGUGUUAGAUUUAGAAUAAAUCUUAGCAGUUGUUUUGACUCGCACUCCUGUUUUCCAGAUGAGCAGAGACUCACAGAGGUUCAAGUAGCUUGCCCAGGGUUACAUAAAUAAAUUCUAGUUGAUCUUUGAGGUACAUUUGAACUUUUGUUUUUUCUGAGGAUGGGUUUAUUUAUUUUGGCCUAGGUUAAAUUUACUCUCGUUGUUUUUCUUUAAGAAAGAAAUUCAUGAAAUAGUAUUUCAUGAUAAAUGCUAAUUUGAUUAGCAAAAUAUGGGGAAAACUAUAAGCCUUGUGAGGAGAGAAAUGAUAAUAAAUAAAAUAUGGAUAUGCCAAGGAAGCAUUCACCAGCAGAGUUUUACUAUAAUUUAUAGCUGCUUUAAAGUGUGUCUGUACAUAUACACAAAUAUAUGUGUAUAAAUAUGUAUAACAUAUAUAAAUACGUAAUGUUAAUUCUUUUUUUAAAAAUUAAUUAUUUUAUUAUUUUUUUAACAUCUUUAUUGGAGUAUAAUUGCUUUACAAUGGUGUGUUAGUUUCUGCUUUAUAACAAAGUGAAUCAGUUAUACAUAUACAUAUGUCCCCAUAUCUCUUCCCUCUUGCGUCUCCCUCCUACCUUCCCUAUCCCACCCCUCUAGGCAGUCACAAAGCACCGAGCUGAUCUCCCUGUGCUAUGUGGCUGCUUCCCACUAGCUAUCUGUUUUACAUUUGGUAGUGUAUAUAUGGACAUGCCAUCUUUAUUGGAGUAUAAUUGCUUCACAAUGGUGCAUUAGUUUGUUAAUUCUUUAUAUAUUACCUAUUCUAGGGGAUACCUGCCUAGGAUUACCUUUCUUUCCACAGACUACAAAUUCAAGUUUAAUCACUCCGAACAUUCAUUAACAUAUCUAGGGUGGACAGAUGUUUGAAGUAUGCAAAUCUGUAUGUCAAGCUACUCAUCAUUUGAUUUUUUUUUUCCUUUUGGAAGGAGAAAAAGUCCUAAUGGCCAUAUCACUACCUUUGAACAAUGCCUUUUACUUAGAAAAAAAUUCACCUACUUUAGCAGGAAUUCUAUAUCGUCACAAUGAUUAACAUUGCAUUUUACAUAAAUGACCUGGGUCUGCCAUGAGGGAUCAAUUUAGAAAUCAGUUUUUGUUUGGUUAGAAGGAGAAUGAAAUUAGAGGGAUUUUAUUUAAACUAGUAGAAUAAAAUGAUGCCUUGAAAAAAAUAGAGAUUACCUAGAUCUUUCAGGUAUAAUUAUUUUGUGUUGAUUUGGAUUUCUUUAGAUAACUUCUUUAAUGGUUCACCUCACCAGUAUCAAAGACCAUUUCAAACAAUAAAAAGUGGAACUCAGAUAUGAUCAUCGGAGAGUGUCUUCCUUAGGAAAUGACCACACUGACUUCUGAUGGUUCCACAUGUAUACUUCAUAGGAUUCCACCUGAGACACCAAAAUAACACUGUAUCUUGUGUGUUUAUACAGUUAGCAUUCAUAUUUGGUCAGUAUUUUUCUUUUGGCCUUUAUGUGUUAUUAUGUCAGAACUGUUGGUGUGAGCUCACUAUGGCAGAAUGCAGACUGCUGCUGGGAGAAUGGGUAAUUGGUUGGGCAAAUCCCAAGUAGAUGUAUGGCAGUGGUGGUCCUUGAUUAAAUUUGGCCUACAGAUAAGUUUUAUUUAGUCUUCAGAGUGUUUUUUUUUCAUUAAUCUUAAAAAAUUGAGCCCCAUUUUAUAGACUAGGACAUUUUACUUUAAAAUUCGAAUUUUUAUGUCCUUGGCAAAUUUGCAGAUCUGGCAGCACUGGUCUGAUUUUGAUACAGCAACAAUCAGCAGGGAUAUGAUAGGAGACCCUCUUUGGAUGGGGGUGAGUUCAUCAUUUUGCUGUUAUUCUCACCUGGUAUACUUAUUUAUGGAAGCAUUGUGACCCUUUACCUAAGGAGAGGUCAGACAAAUAUGAAAUAACAAGUUGUAGAGGGAAGGGGUUGGUAGAAAAAUGGCAAAAUUGGCAGCUUCUUGGUGACUGAGAUUAGGACGAUAAAGGCAGAAGCCACAUCCUAAUAGUAGAGACAGCAAGUUUGGUUAAGUUCAAGUAGGCAUCAAGAUCCCGGAGUAUAUGAUGUAGAAAAUAGAAAUGGAGAGUGGGCCAAGCGCUUUACCUUAGAAAUAUAGAGUAAUCUCAGAUCCACUGGUUUACACUAGGAGUCCAUUUGUGCUGAGGCAGGAAGUGAAGGUACCAGACCCAACCCCUAGAAUAUGGAGCUGGCAGAUGAAGACAAGAAGCAGGGCCCAGCCAGCUCACUGGUCUAUUUACAGAGGAAAAUCACCCCCUGGAUUCCAGUGCUCCUUUUUCUAGAGGUACAGAGAAACUCCAGAUUCACCAAGACUCUAGGCAGAAAUAGUGAAGUCCUUCCUAUGGGACACAGAGUAGAGGUGGCAGGCUGGUAGAGACAGAAGUGCCUGGCACAGCCACCAUCAAGAAUAGAGCAGCAGGGCUUCCCUGGUGGUGCAGUGGUUGAGAGUCCGCCUGCUGAUGCAGGGGACGUGGGUUCGUGCCCUGGUCCGGGAAGAUCCCACAUGCUGUGGAGCGGCUGGGCCUGUGAGCCAUGUCCGCUGAGCCUGCGCAUCCGGAGCCUGUGCUCCGCAACAGGAGAGGCCACAACAGUGAGAGGCCCACGUACCGAAAAAAAAAAAAAAAAAAUAGAGCAGCAGAUUCUUUCUCAAAUCUAUGUUGACCAAAAGCUAACUUUAGAGUCAGGAACAGUGCAGUUUGCCAGUAGCUGAAAGCCCACUCCAAAUAGCUAUGGUAGGGUAAGCAUGAGGCAAAUAUUGUAAAUCAAAGUGGAAAACCCUAACAAAAUCUCACAGUAAAUCAGUGUCCCAAAUAUUAAGAUCAUAAGCUUUAUAAAAAAAUUUAACAGCUUUAUUGAGAUAUGAUUCACAAACCAUAACGUUCACCCUUUUAAAGUAUGUAAUUCAAUGAUUUUUGGUAGAUUCACAGAGGUGUGCUACCAUCACUGUAAUCAAUUUAGAACAUUCUCACCACCCCCAAAGUGAACCCCAUAUCCAUUAACUGUCAUUCCCCAUUCCCUCCCGAUCUCUCAGUUCUAAGCAACCACUAAUCUACUUUCUGUCUCUAUAGAUUUGCCUUUUCUGGAUAUUUUAUAUAGGUGGAAUCAUACGAUGCGUGGUCUUUUGUGACUAGUUUCUUUCACUUAACAUAAUGUUUUCAAGGUUUCGUGUUGAAUGAAGUAUCAGUGCUUCAUUCUUUUUUGGCUGAAUAAUAUUCCAUUUUACAGCUAUACCACAAUUUAUCCAUUCAUCAGUUGAUGGACGUUGGGUUACUUCUGCCUUUUGGCUAUUUUAAAUAAUGCUGCUAUGAAUAUUUAUGUAUGAGUUUUUGUGUGGACAUAUGUUUUCAUUUCUCUUGGGCAUAUAUGUAGAAAUGCAACUGCUGGGUCAUAUGGUAACUCUAUGUUUAACCUUUUGAUGAACUGCCAAACUAUUUUCUACGGUAUUUUACAUUCCCACCAGCAAUGCAUGAGAGUUCCAAUUUCUUAAUAUACUUGCCAACAUUUGUUAUUUUCCAUUGUUUUGUUUAUAGCCAUCCUAGUGGGUGUGAAGUGGUGUCUAGUUGUGGUUUCGAUUUGUAUUUUCCUGAUGGCUAGUGAUGUUGAGCAUCUUUCUAUGUGCUUAUUGGCCAUUUGUGUAUUUUCCUUGGAGAAAUCUUUAUUCAGAUCCAUUUUCCAUUUUUAAAUUGGGUUAUUUAGCUUUUAUGAUCAUAACCUUUUGUAACAUAAUUUUCAAAAAAACUGGAACACAUAAUCUGAAAAAAAAAUUUUCGUUUGGGCUUGAGAAGUAGCUUAGAAGCUUUCAUUUAGAAUCAAAUACUGGAAUUUCUGUUCCAAUGCCACAGAAUAUUUGAAAAUGAAUAGAACUUGGAAGAUCUUGUAGGCAGGCACUGUCAAGUGAAAAUUUAUAAUGCAUGUAUGUGUUUUAAUCAAUAUUUUUGAUAAUGGUAGUGAUAA